CUGGAAGCUGAUUGUAAACAAAACCCGUUACAACAAUUUACGCCGAAAAGCAUCGUACAAACAGCUCGCGCAAACAUUCGUCCGGUAAAAAGAACGUAUUUAAUUUGAGCCAAUUUCCUUCUCUUAGUUGGAUAUAUACAGAUAAGAUAUAUACAGAAAGCCACCAACAUGCUACCGGCGCUAAUGGUUAGGUUUAAUCUGUUCGAAAGUGACGAUGAGUCGGACGCUUACAAUACCGGCAGCGAGGCCGAAUCGGAGGAGAGUGAACAAAUAUACCGGGAAUCAUUCCCAUACCUUUUGGAAGAUGAAUGGUUUUUAAAAUGCUUUCACGUGUCGCGCGAUAUCUUCAAGAGCCUGUACGACGGUAUAGCGCCGACGCUGCUCAGUCAGUACGAAGCAACGGUGUACGACAGGAUCGCAGCGACGCUGCGCUAUCUGGCCACCGGCACCUGCACGAGUGACCGUGGCGUUGGCGGAUACAAGGCAAUGCCACGGGUCGAAUUUCAAGCAAUGUUUCCGCAAACGCUAAACGCUAUCCUGCUGUUAGGUGAGGCUAAUCGAGCUUAUCAUUUUGCUUUGCCAGAUUUUUGACCACAGAAAACGUAUACGGUACGUGAAUGCAAGCUUUUGUGGCGCGAUGCACGAUUCGCAUCUAUGGAACAGUUCGGGCGUGGACAGCCACUUUGCCCAGCAGCACGCAAAGGGAAACGAAAAGUGCAACCUUUUAGCGAAUUCUAUGUUCCCUUCCCAACCGUGGAUCAUAAAACCGAAACCCGGCAUAGUCGAUCCCACGUUUAAUGCGCGGCACGAAAGAGCGCUCGCCACCGCCGACACGGCCGUUCAUCUGCUAAAGAACCGAUUUAAAUGCCUAUUGGGCAAACCGCCCAUCCCGUACACACCGCCCGAGUGUGUGGCAGUAAUAGACGUUUGCUGUGCACUUCACAACAUGUGUCUGGACGAAAAUUUGCCAGACAUUAAAUAAAUUGACUGACGACGUAAAAAUAGUGUCUUUGUCAA